AACAAGAAGAAGAAUAUUUAUACACUGGUGUUUUUCGGUGGCUCAUAAUGUGACAUGGCUGCCGCCUGUAACUUCCAUGUGGUAUUUAUUAGAUCAUAGUUGAUUGGGCGAUUAUAAACAUUUUAUCGUUAAUUUCAUUGUAUCAAAUUAGCGCUGGUAAAGCGUAAUUUCAUUGUAUCAAAUUAGCGUAAAUAAUAAAGUGAAGACCAUCCAAACAAGCAGCCAAAAUGCAACACGACGACGUUAUAUGGGACCUUAUCGGCAACAAGAGUUUUUGUUCCUACAAAGUAAAAACGAAAACUCAACAGUUCUGUCGAAAUGAAUACAACAUCACAGGCCUUUGCAAUCGAUCAUCUUGUCCUCUUGCCAACAGUCAGUAUGCUACUGUGAGAGAGGAGAAAGGCCAGUGCUAUCUUUACAUGAAAGUUAUUGAGAGAGCAGCAUUUCCUGCUCGCAUGUGGGAGAAGGUGAAACUUGAUAGGAACUAUGCAAAGGCUUUGGAACAGAUUGAUGAGAACCUUAUCUAUUGGCCGCGGUACAUCCGACACAAGUGCAAACAGCGCUUGACGAAGAUCACACAGUAUCUAAUUCGAAUCCGCAAACUCACACUGAAACGACAGAGAAAACUGGUUCCACUUAGUCGAAAAGUAGAGAGACGAGAAAAGAGGAGGGAGGAAAAAGCCCUUAUUGCUGCUCAGCUGGAAAAUGCUAUAGAAAAAGAACUGCUAGACCGUCUAAAACAAGGAACAUAUGGAGACAUAUACAACUUCCCCAUCCAUGCCUUUGAUAAAGCUAUGGAAAAACAGGAUGAGGAGACUGAAUCAGAAUCAGAGGAAGAGGAAGAUGAAGAGGUGUCUGGGACGAGAGAAUUUAUUGCUGAGGAUGAGAUUGAAGAGAGUGAUCUCAGUGAUUUCGAGGAUAUGAACAACCUGAAGGGAAGCAGUGAUGAAGAGGAGGAUGACGAAGAGGAAUCCAGUGAGGAAGAGUUGGAAGAAGAGUUGGAGGAAAAGAUCAAGGCCAAAACGAAAGGAAAAGCUCCACUCAAAGGCCCAAUCAGGAAAAAGCGUGCCUAUGUAGAGAUAGAAUACGAACAAGAGACGGAACCAGCUCAGAAAAGCAAGUCCACAUAGAGACUUUAGCUGAUGAUCACACCAACUGUAGUAACUCUGCUGCCUUGUGGAACAUUUCCAAAUCAUGGAACUUGCUAGCUUGCUAGCUUUUAUUAUACCUGUACAAUAACAAUGUACACUCACCUAAAUUUUUAAUGUGGUGGAAUUGUUCAUACAUUGACCUGUUUCAUCUGUGCUUAUGCUGUUGCAAAGCAUCACAUCCAUUGUGUACUUUUGGGUCAACUUUGAUACAGUUAUGCCAUUUCAAAUAAAGUUUAUAUGUGAAGGCUA